UAUUCAUCAGAGAAGAAAGGAAUCUGCAGCAGCCAAAAUGGAUAUCAACAAAGGCAACGUGGAGGCAGAGACACAGUUGUUUCAAGCUCAGGCCCAUGUGUAUAAACAUGUAUUCAAUUUCCUAGGUUCGAUGAGUUUAAAGAGUGCUCUGCAGCUGAACAUACCAGACAUAAUCCACAGCCAUGGCCGGCCCAUCACCCUCCCUAAGCUGCUGUUGGCUCUCCAUAUAGACCCUGCAAAAUCUUCACAUCUCUAUAGGCUCAUGCGCUUACUGGUUCACUCUGGCUUCUUUUCUACUGUCAAAGUCCCUAAAGGUGACGAGGAAGAAGUGGGAUAUGAUCUCACACCUUCCUCUAGACUUCUCCUCAAAGACAAUGUCCCAAGCUUGUUUUAUUUAGCUCAGGCAAUGCUUCAUCCGGCCAUAGUUCAUUCGUCGGAGCACUUGGGAGACUGGUUUAGCAGUAAUGAGCCCACCCCCUUUUACACUGUAUAUGGGAUGGGAUGUUGGGACUAUGUCAGCCAAAACAAGGAUUUUAGCGGACUCUUUAAUGAAGCCCUGAUUAGUGAUUCAAGCAUGAUGAACUUGGUAAUUAAAGAUUGCCGAUCAGUUUUUGAGGGAUUCAAUUCAUUAGUUGAUGUUGGGGGUGGAAAAGGAGCUGCAUCCAGGGUCAUAUCCGAGUCAUUGCCUAAUCUGCAGUGCACCGUGCUAGAUUUUCCGUAUGUUGUUGAAAACUUACAAGACAGCGAAAAUUUGAAGUUCGUUGGAGGGGAUAUGUUUCAGUCUAUUCCUGCAGGAGAUGCCAUUCUUCUUAAGUUGGUUUUACAUGGUUAUGGUGAUGAAGACUGCGUGAAGGUGCUCAAGAAGUGUAAGGAAGCCAUCGCAAGCAAAGGCAGAGAGGGGAAAGUGAUUAUUAUAGACAAAGUGAUCAAUGAGCAGAAAGAUGAACGCGAUGUAAGAGAUGCGAAGCUGUUCUUCGAUGUGAUGAUGAUGAUUAUGACCAAUGGAAGAGAGAGAGAAGAAAAAGAAUGGGAGAAGCUGUUCUUGGAAGCUGGGUUCAGUCACUACAAGAUAACAUCCAUUUCUGGUCUAAGGUCACUUAUUGAAGUUUAUCCUUGAAAUCCCUUCUCAUCACCUCAUAUCUGCCCACUUCGUGUGUUACUUUACUGUCUUGUCAGCCAUAUCUUCUGUACAAUAAUCUAAUAAUGCGAUUAGAACUUCAUGUUUCUUUUUGUUUUUUUUUUUUUUAAUUUGGUUUUGAGAACUUCAAUGUUAAUAAUGUCAUUGUACCUCCUUUAAUCAUAUCUGCCCACUUCAGUGUACUUUUAUUGAA